CUCUCCGAACUACUAAAAGUCACGUGUCCUGGACAUCUCUUCUGCGAGGCAAAGCGAGAGAGACCAAUCUUCUGUCCUUCAGUAAUUGGGGAAUCACACAUUUAUGAUCUGAGUUUUUAGUACGUACGUGGUUCUGACUCAAUUUUCUGCAGUGUUCCUACGAGUAGUGACUUAAGAGUAUUUAUAAGGUGAACUUCGAACACGCGUCGAUUUGCCGAAAUGAAAGAAUGAAGAAUGGAUUUUUUAAUGACAGGUAGGAAGCUGGACCAGCAAGUCGAGUUGGCCUUCGACGGGGCACAAAUUCAGCAGCAUUUGGAUUCAAUGUGCUCUGAAAAAUACAAUAAGAAAAUUAAUGUCAAAAAGACAGAAGGUCUGGCAUUAACAGCCCAAGAACAGGCUCUUGGGACCAAGGUUACUCACGCCAAAAUAGACAAGAUUGCCAAAAACUGCAAGUGCAGACACUUGAAACAGGAUAAGGCAGUCAAUCACCUAGUCAGCACCAGCAUCAAGAUGGCACAAUCAGACUACAACAAACGCCAUGAUAGAAUGGCCACUUUGCAGGAUGCACACUGGCAUCUGUGCAGAAAAUAUGGCCAGCAGCAACUUAUUGGCAGUGGAAACACAAGUUGGACAGGAUUGUUGGAAGAAAAAAAAAAAAACCUUGAAAAGACUCUGGAGAACUAA